AUGGCCAUGUCUCUUCCUCUUCUUUGCUUGAUAUCAUUCUUUAGCUUCUUUUUAUUCUCAUCUCAUGCAACAGACACACUUGCAUCUUCAGACAAAUCUGGAGACAACCAAACCCUGGUCUCAUCUGAGUGCAGCGAUGGAGCUAAUUUUUCUAAGAUGACUGGUUCGCUGCCAUCUACGAGUGGUGUUUCCGUUAGUAGUAUUGGUAUUUCUGAUUGCCAAACUUUGUGCAAGACCAAUUGUUCUUGUGCCGGAUUCGCUUCUCUUCAGAAUGAAUCAACAUGUCAACUUUAUUAUGGGAGUAAACAGAAUCUAUUGAAGAUCAUAGAGAAAGGGGCAGGGCUUAUUUACAUCCGUGAUCGUGCUUCAAGUGGUAAUAAGAAGGAUAGUCUCUGGUUAAUUGUGGCGGUUCCUUUGGCUUCCCACUUGGCUUUUGUUUCAAUCUCGUUAUAUUGUUUUGUGCGUUGGAGAAGGUGGCGUAGAGAAGAUCAAGCAAGGAGACGAGAAGAAGGCAUUAUCAAUCCUGAUCAUGAAGGUAGCGGUGCAAUUAACAUGAAUGUAGGCAGACAGAAGGAUCAAGAAUUGCCCUUUUUUGGUAUUUCUACAAUAAAGGCUGCAACAAAUGACUUUGCCAAGGCUAAUAAACUUGGGGAAGGUGGAUUUGGGCCUGUCUAUAAGGGCAAGUUGCUUCCACAAGGACAAGAAAUUGCAGUGAAAAGGCUGUCCAAAAUUUCCAGGCAAGGGUUGAAUGAGUUCAAAAACGAAAUUUCAGUAAUUUGCAGGCUCCAGCACAGGAAUUUGGUUAGGCUUUUGGGAUGUUGCAUUGAAGCAGAAGAAAGUAUACUGAUUUAUGAGUACAUGCUGAAAAUGGUACUUAGGUGA